AUGGCAUCGCAGCCUGUUGAGUUCUCUGAGCUGACUAUCAGUAUCAGUUGUCUUUGGAACAUGCGUAUAAUCACUUCGUUGCUGAUCUGCCUCGGUCUAUCUCUGGCCUCUGCUGUGAGUUUGCUCAUUCCGCAGAACAAUUGCCUGGAUUACUUCACCUAUGCCACCACGGAGGAAGGAGAAAGAAGGGGCUACAUGGGGAUUUUCACGGCUCCCAAGGGCGGUGUUUUCCGUAUAUCCUGGAAUGCGGCAUUUGUUGGCCAUGGAAAUCGAAAUCUCCAAUUGGAAAAAAUGAUGCCGUAUCCCAGCAGGGAGGAAGCAGCAAAAAAUAUUUAUAAUGGCCACAGGGCACAGGUAUCUGUGCGUUUCGUGAAUAUUACCACUGAACUGCCCAAACUCGUACAUUUGGCUGUGAAUGGAGAGACACUGUGCCAGAAUCCGGGAUAUGACCCUCCAUCGACUAGAACUACCGCAAAUUUAAAUAUGAAUUUAUCUAUUGAAACAGAAAAGAAGCCUUGCGCUAAGAAUGCAACCACGAUUUCUCCAUGAUAAAAUAAACAAAGGGUUCUUUCUUUUUAUAUACUGAGACCCUGAUAAGCUGAUUUUAA